CCAGCCAAAACGCGAUCUUAGUCCCGAUGCUACCUCCUGCUUGUCAACCUCCUUAUUGCAUUCGAUAAUAUACAUUUCAGCCUUAUAAAGUUUGAAAAACUAUAUGCUUUUUGCCAUGGCGACAUCAAAAUCGCCUCAGGUCACUACAGACGGAGGACUGUCGCAAUCACCAAAACAAGCCACCGACGUAUCGUCGUCCUCAUCCUCUCCGCCCACCUCUUUGACGUUCCUUUCUACAAACACAACUCCACCAGCAUCGGUGCAUGCAACAGCUUUGCCUCCUCUCCAUGAAACUCUGCCUUCUCAGCAGACGCAACGGCAAAUCGCGGAAGCACGCGCCGCCGUUGUAGCGUCUAUUGGGAACUUGGUCGACUCUGAACUGCAAUCCCGCGCCACAAUACUUCAUGAAAACGCUGCAUCUCUUGAAAAGCAGGAAGCAGACGUCGUUGGUGCAACGGAGGGUCUCCGAAAAGAAAGGGAGAAGCUGGCCAAAGAGGCCGAUUCUGCAGCACGAGGGUUAAAGGAAAUCGGCAAUGUUCAAAACUGGGCGGAAGUCCUCGAGCGCCAGUUUCUAGUCCUAGAAGAGACAGUAAGACUGGCAAAUGGGGAGGGUAGUGAAAGUGGAAGUGACAGCGCCAGUAUCUGUAGUUGUAGCGACUGUGGUCGCGAGGACCCUAGUGCUGAGGCUGUGGAUGGUGAUGCCAUGGAGAUUGAUGACGACGGGGCUAUGCGGUCACAACAAGAAGUCGAUCUAAAUGGCCCUAACCGUGAGGGCAUAGAGGCUGCUAUCCGGGAAGCGUUGGAGGAUGAAUUAUGCUAACUUCUUCACUGAGAUCCAACGGUUGGGCAGAGGCAAACAAGCUCACAACUAUGAUAACGACAGACA